AUGGCUCAACAAAAUUUAAAACGAAAAUUUGAACAUGUGACAUUUUCACCAUCAAUAAAUUUUGAAGAAUUUGGUUUAAAAUUCUAUCAAACUAUUCGAAAAAAUAAUGAACAGAAUACAAAUAUAUUUCUAUCACCUUUAAGUGUUGCAUUAGCCAUGUCUAUGUGUGCAAAUGGCGCAGAGACCAAAACACUUGAACAAAUGUUACAAACGUUACACUAUUCAUCAUUAAAUGAAUUAAAUCAAACAGUUGGACAAAUAAUGAAAUCUAUUAUUUUGCCAACAUCUGAAAAUGAUCACCAACAAUUAAAAUUAAAGUUAGCUAAUCGUUUAUAUGGUCAACAAAAUUAUAAAUUAAAUGAUCAAUAUUUAUCAUUGUUAAAACAACAUUACUUAACCGAUAUAAAAUUAGUAGAUUUUGAAAAUUCUUUAUCAUCAUCAACAAAUACAAUUGUACAAGAAAUUAAUCAAUGGGUUGAAAAACAAACAAAUCAUCUCAUACGUAAUUUAUUAUCAUCGAAUGAUAUUAAUCGUGACACGAGAUUAAUAUUGAUCAAUUGUAUCUACUUUAAAGGUAUACUAACAGAAUCAAUCAGCAAAAUAGUUAUUCGAAAAUGA